AUGGACUCGUUAAAAUACACAUAUCUUCAACGUCGUGAUGGUUCGGACUUUGCAGACGACGGACCAUCAUACUCAAUGCACCAGCUCCUGUUUGUCCUCUUCACGCUCGUGCUCAUGGCCUUGCUGUGCUCGGUAGCACUCGUCUGCCUUCGUCGGCGACGGCAAGUCAAAGAGCAAGAUGCACUAUUACCGACACACCACCAAUCGUCGCAUUAUCGCUCUCCAUCAAUCAGCCAUUUCGGUCACCAGAACAAGAACGAGUCCAUCUUUGUCUACGACGAAAAAAUGAAUCUGAUCCACAACUCCUCCAGCCCUCCUUCCACCGCAGUCCCAGAAAUCCACAUCACCUUCCCCGAUGAAGAGGGCAAGACUGGCUUGCAGAAAGGACGUGUCGUGGUAGUCCACGUUACCGACUCGGGCAGUGUGGGCAUGGAGCCGCUCAACCAAGAGAAUCUACCACCUUAUCGGAAAGAAGACAGCGACCGAUUUCAAUCCCUCGACCUCGAACGGAUAGGUGGACUUCGGGAAAAAGAACCUUUAACUCAGAGGUUCUCAUGA